AUGGAAAACAUUUUCGAUCUUGUUUUUCUUCUAGACACAGACAUUCCAUUUCUGAAAUCAGAUUCCUGUCACAAUGAUCGAAAAGGGUUAUCGGGGCUCAGUUAUCGACAAAUGCCUGCCAAGUUUCAGAUCAAGAUCACUUAUGCAUUUGAGACCAAUGCGUCAGCCGGCAUAUUUGUCCGAAUGACAACCCAAGGCCGAAGUUUAGGCUAG